GGGGGAGAGGGGGGGUGAGAGAGGAGGUGACUCUUCGGCAGCAUUUAGACACAACGAAAGGAUCAUGGCGGAUGGCCCCAGGUGUAAGCGCAGAAAGCAGGCGAACCCGAGGAGGACCAGCGUGAGUAACUACAACAAUGUGGUGGAGGCCGGCUCAGACUCAGACGACGAGGACAAGCUGCACAUCGUGGAGGAAGACGGCGCCGACUGUGACGGCACCCUGCAGGACGAUGAACACCAAGGGGUGCUCCAGUGGGACCCAGUGAAGGAAGACUGUCCCUCAAACGGCGAGGAUGACGUGAGCACAGACGCCCUGGUGGAGAAGAUGCUCCAGCAGGGGGACACGGCAGUCAUCUACCCCGAGGCCCCCGACGACGAGCCUCCACGGCAGGGAACGCCAGACACCGGCGUCCACGAUGAGAACGGGACUCCUGACUCCUUCUCCCAGCUGCUCACCUGUCCCUACUGCUCCCGCGGCUACAAGCGCUACAGCUCCCUGAAGGAGCACAUCAAGUAUCGGCACGAGAAGACGGACGAGAGCUUCAGCUGCCCGGAGUGCAGCUACAGCUUUGCGUACCGCGCUCAGCUGGAGAGGCACAUGACGGUCCACAGGAAUGGAAGGGAUCAGAGGCACAUCACACAGUCUGGGGGCAAUCGUAAAUUCAAGUGCACCGAGUGUGGCAAAGCGUUUAAAUACAAGCACCACCUGAAGGAGCACCUCCGCAUUCACAGCGGAGAGAAACCCUACGAGUGCUCCAACUGUAAGAAGCGCUUCUCCCACUCCGGCUCAUACAGCUCCCACAUCAGCAGUAAGAAGUGCAUCAGCAUCAUCUCAAUGAACGGCAGGCAGCGCGUGGGGGGGGCUAAAACCCAGGGCCCCUCACCGACCCUGUCCACUUCACCCUCGGCCCUCUGCACCCAGAUCAGGGAAAAGCUGGAACACACCAAGCCGCUGCAGGAGCAGCUGCCCCUCAACCAGAUCAAGACUGAGCCUGUGGACUACGAGUACAAGCCGGCCUUGGGGACGCCGCCCAACAUGACUGCCAUGAGCGGCGGGGGGGUGUUCGCCGGCGGUGCCGCGGCUCCUCUGCAGGGCACGGUGCAGGCGGUGGUCCUGCCCACCAUGGGGCUGGUGUCACCCAUCAGCAUCAACCUGGCAGACCUGCAGAAUGCCCUGAAGGUGGCGGUGGACGGUAGCGUCAUACGCCAGGUGCUGGAAAACAAAGUGCAGGCGAGCGCGGGGUUAACCACUGGAACACUCCACCCCCCACAGCAACAGCUCAUCUCAGCCAUCAGUCUGCCCAUCGUCGGCCAGGACGGAAACGCCAAAAUCAUUAUAAACUAUAGCCUGGACCCCAGCCAGGGCCAGCUCACUGCGCAUAACCUGAAGAAAGAGCGUGAGGAGACGCUGUCCCCUUAUCUCCAAAAGCUUCCUGAAGACCUCACCGUCAGAGGUCCCAAACCCCCCGAGAUCAAAGAGGAAAAGACCACUAAAAACUGUCUCCUGUGUGAAAACUGUCCUGGGGGCUUGGAGGCGCUCCAUGCUCUGAAGCACUGCAAGAAGGACGUCCUCCGGCUAAACGGAGCGGGCCGGGACCGAUCCGAGUCCGCCAUCGCCGCCUUGCUGUCAGAAGGGGGGUUCUGCCACCCAUCCAAGAACAUCCUGUCCCUGCUCAAGGCCUACUUCGCCUUGAAUGCGGAGCCCACCAAGGAUGAGCUGGCCAAGAUCUCCGAUUCUGUCAGCCUGCCGGUCCACGUGGUCAAGAAAUGGUUUGACAAGAUGCAGGAGGGGCAGAUAUCCCUGGGCGCUCCCACGCCUCCCUCAGAGGAGGAGGACACCUGUGAGGCUCACAGUGUGGUGUCCCUGAUCCCAGGGGGGGACGCAGCUACUAAAAGCCCUUCUGUGAGCCGGGACAGCCCCACUGAAGCUACCCCGGCUGAAGUCAACGGCACUCACAGUUUCCCGGCCUCCCCCACACCACUAAACCUGACGGCAGGCGGUCCCGUCCAAGCUGUCACCCCACAGAGCACUGAGGGACCCCUGGACCUGUCUCUGCCAAAGCCGGCCAGAGAAGAGGCGGAGAGAGUGGCGGUGAAAGCCCCCGUCUUCCUCUCCGCCUCCUCUGGCUCCCCCAAACAGGAGCAGCCCCUGAACUUAACUUGCACAAAGAACAACGCAUCGCCACUCUCGUCCACGUGGGGGAGCCCCGCCGCACUGCACGCCCACCAGCCAAGUGCCAAACACCUCGAUAUUGUAACCACAAUGCAAUGCCUCAGAGCGCUCGCCACCAACAACAAGCAGGCCAUCCUGAUCCCCCAGCUGGCCUACACCUACACCACUGCGGCGAGCAGCCCUGCAGGCAGCGAGACGCACGACGGCGUCCAUAUCAACGGAAUCAAGGAGGAGAAGCCGGACCUGAGCUCCGAGGCCAACUCCAUGCUGGAGGAGCAGAACGACUCGGACUCGGGCCCCGCCAGGAAGAAGAUGAAGAAGACGGAGAGCGGCAUGUACGCCUGCGACCUGUGCGACAAAAUCUUCCAAAAGAGCAGCUCGCUGCUGAGGCACAAAUACGAACACACAGGGAAGCGGCCUCACGAGUGCGGCAUCUGCAGCAAGGCCUUCAAACACAAACACCACCUGAUCGAGCACAUGCGCCUCCACUCCGGAGAGAAGCCCUAUCAGUGUGACAAGUGCGGCAAGCGCUUCUCCCACUCCGGCUCCUACUCGCAGCACAUGAACCACCGCUACUCUUACUGCAAGAAGGAGGCGCAGAGCCAGGCCGCAGGGCAGGAGAGCCCCGAGGACGGCGAGGCUCUGAGCCGGGUGCAGAGCGAGCUGUUCCCCCCCUCCCUGCUGGACUUGGAUGAAAGAGGGAGUAGCACCAGAGAGGAGGAGGAGAGCGAAGAGGAGGAGGAAGGCAUGGUGGACAUGGAUGAGAUCCAGGUUGUGCAGAUAGGAGAAGACGAAGGAGACGAGGAGGAGGAGAGAGCGGAGCUGAUCAAGGGCGGAGAGGAGGUCACAGAAAAGGUGGAGGAGCAGGUGAAGUCAAGGGAGGAGGAGGAGGAGGAGGAGGCACCUGGGAGCCCCGAGAAAGACGAGGCGAUGGAAACAGAGGAGAACGAAGGGGAGACGAAGGACAAUAAGGAGACGAAAGGAGACACUGACUGAGGAGCAGACUCCUGCAGGCAACGCAAUCAGACUCCUCCUGUCGAGGAGGAGGAGCGCAGGAGGCAAAGAGCGGUCCUCCGACACUUCACUACUGUGUAGAAAUCCAGGUGUGCCUGAAAAGCGCAGCGCCUCCUGCUGGAAGGAGUAGAGCGUGGCCGUCUGUCCAGAAACGAAGGAUCACAGACUGGAAGCUCGAGCCGACUGGUUUUAGAAAAAUGAUUUGUUACUAAAACCCUUCAGUCCUUUCUUUCUAUCAGUAUUACUAAUUUUAUCGCUCAUAUUUUAACCUCUAAAGCUGUACAGUUGGGAGAUAUUUCUAUAUCUUUUUAUUGCCAAUGAACAAAAAAAAAAGAAGUCAGUAUUUUGUUAAGUUGGGAGUUGAAUGAGAGAAUCCUGUGCACUACAAGCGGCUUGGUUUACCUGCAGAGGAGCUGCCAACCCUUCAGUAUUAUUGCGCCUCCACACAUCUUAGCAUUACACUUCCUGUUGGCUGUUUGGAGGGACUGUAGCCUUAAAAAGCAGCCGACCGCGCCUCCCCCCCAGCUCCUACAUCCAAUGGAGCUGUCUUCAUGGAGCUUUGACAUGUUGUGGUUUAAUCUGAUCCCGUUUGGCACAUACCCCCCACCCCCACCCCGCCACCUUUAAACCGCAGUGUUUCUAGAAGAUUUAACCCAACGAUUGUGGCAAAAAGCUCAAAUAUUUGAGUUUUUUUUUUUAGAGUGUGAGGAAAGCUUACAUGCAAGACCUGAACCUUGUAUCUGAACCUCGCCCAUCACCCCAACAGGAGUGAAGCUGUAUGCAAAAAGGAGGACCCAGAGCAGCAUCAUGAUUGUAUACGAGAACUGGACUGAGUGAGUGCGAUGUCACCCGGGGCUCACAUCCGGCUCCAGCCAAAUGAGGUGAAUUCAUUUUUUUCACAAUGCAGACACCGCCAUGUUGGAGCCAGACAACAACAGUAAGCAGUGAUUGGUCUGAGUCAAUGUUUCUAUGGCAACCACUCUGGCCAAUCAGGAGUGAGCUGGUUAGAAGUCCACACCCCUUCCACUGGAAAGCGGGCUACACAGUUAAACGUUUUGAAUAAUUGAUGUUAGAUCACGUACUUUUAAUCAGGCAUCUGAUUGGUCAGUUUAUUAUGACAACCAUAAAAAUGAAAAGACACAUUACGUUACGUCGAUAAAGAAUGGGCAACAAAUAUGUGAGAACAAAAGUAAAAAAUGUACGAGAAUGAAGUUGUAUCAUAAGAAAGAAAGUUGUAAUUAUACGAGAAUAACAUCGUAAAAUGAUGAUAAAAAUAGUCAUAAUUUUACAAAACGAAAGUUAUUUCAUAAAUUAUAAAUUGAGACUUCAUGUGAUUAAAGUCAUAAAUUUAUGAGACAAAAGGCUGUGUACUAAGAAAAAGAUAGCAACAACAAAACAAAGCAAUAUUGUGUUCCAGUCGGAGAGAUUUCGACUGCAUUGUAAGCGUUACUGUUUCACAAAAAAGGAAAGACUGCGUCUAUAAUUGAGUCAACGUUGACUUAUUGUAAGUAUAAGAAGACAGACAAGAAUUUGCAGGAAACUGGGCUUCUUCAGCAGAUGAUUCUUGACCCACCAGGAGUGGAAUUCCGGUGCCGGCGCCGUUUUACGCCGUCUGCAGUAUAGUUGCAGAGGUCUGCAUGCUUUACGGCCCAUGGAUUCCUGUCAUCCAGCCUUAUGGCAUAAACAUCGAUGGAUUUUGUCUACACGUAAUGUGGACGGAGGCUUACUCAACUUUAUUUUGGAAAAAAGUUUGCCUUUUUCCUUGUAAGGUUACAAUAUGUUUAUUUUUUUAUAGUUUUACAACUUUAUUCUCAUGAAAUGUUGAGUGUUUUAACUCAUAUUUUUACCACAUUUAUUCUCUUAUAUUCAUUUGUUUUUCUUUCAUGGUGGUUCUAAUACUAAAUUGUAGUUUAUGACUUGAUUAAUAAAUGUCCUGAAAAAAUAAUUAGGAUCAUCCACAUGUUAGAAAAGCUUGAAGAGCAAGAACGGUGAUUCUGACCAACAGAAUGACUGAGUUACAAACUGUUUAUUUCUCUGCCAUUUUGGCUUCUGGGAGCCAGCAAGUACUUCCUGUUUGGAGCGCCAGAAGGGGAAGGGUGACUCAGUCCAUGUCUCUGAUACAGUCAAUGAGCAGCAUUUUUAGAAAAUCUGGUUUCUGUCAGGUAUGCUCUUUGUGGUUCCUUCUUUGACCCCUAGUGCUUCGUUGAGCGGGUUCCAAGCGACUUUUCUCCGCUUGUUCGGCGCAGCUAUCUGACAGGGAAAGCUCAGACGUCAGUGUGGGCAGAUCUGACCCCGGAAUUUAACCACGCGUUAGCCGUCAGUAUUAUUUCAGUGUCUCCUCUUGUGUUUCGGCGUGUUUGUAAUGAAUGUUUUCAUCCAUGGCAGUAUUAACCCCCCCUGACCUUCAACCACAUGGGUUUGUCUGUGUACUUAUAGAGAACUUUUAUAUUUAUGUGUCUUAUUUUUUAUAUUUCUUUGUGCUUAUUUAUUACACCACGUAGUGUACAAUACUGUCGUCUGUUUUAAUGCCAUAAUAUAUUUUAGUAUGAAGGAAAAAAAAGAAUCGACUCCCAGACUCCGGCGUUCUGAAGUGAUUUCCGAACAAAUGAGACGAUUUUCUUCAGGGAAAAAGUCAGAAGCUCACCUGAAAAGCGGAGGAAUUUGAUCCUGUGACCUAAGCUCUACUGUCACGUUAGUUUUCUGGCCCCUCCCCCCUAAAUAUGAAGCUACUGAACUGUGGAAAAGGACCCAUCUGUCCAAAAGCAUGAGUGUGUGCCGUCGUAUUGAAAGAUGACCCGUGACUCUGUCCUCUCUGCCAAGCCAAAACCAUGCUGCCCUUCUGUUCCUGUUUUGAUUUGUGCCAACGUUAUGCCACGCCCACUUUUAUAUGCCCCACCCCCUUUAACACCCUCAACUUUUUUUAUAGUAAUUGUUUUUGUUCAUUUUUUUUAUGACUUCCCAUCUCACAAUAAAAUGCAUCAAUUACAAGCUG